AUGACAACUAGCACCGACCUCUAUUAUGAAACAGUGUGGAAAUCAAAAUGUUCGUCGAAUGAGAAGAGUUUUCUGGCUUCCUGGCAAGGAUUAUCCCUAUUUUCACAUUCAAUGCUUGUCGUGUUUUUACCUUUUUAUGCGUUCACGACAUAUUGUAUUUUGAAGAAAACGCCGAGGACUAUGGACUCGGUGAAGUUUGUUUUGUUGAAUGCACAUUGUUGGUCCUGCUACUGUGACAUUCUAAUCUGUUCCCUUAUCACUCCAUACUUUUUCUUCCCAACAAUUUCCGGAUUCCCCGUUGGUCUUCUUCGUGUGAUCGGAGUUCCCACAUCAGUUCAAGUGUUUAUUGGAUUUGUCUCAUGCUUGUUUAUGGGUACCUCACUAGUGGCUUUAUUUGAGAAUCGGAGCAGUUGCAUUCCAACCGGAAGAUUUCUGAGCUGUGCAUUUGGAGAUGCUCCACAAUGCUCGCACACCUUCAUCUGUCUGAUAGAUUCCUGUCGGACUCUUCUGAAUUCCUUCUUCAUUUGGGAAUUGGCGGGAUCCAUGUACGGUGGUGGCAUCACAAUAGCGGUGGAUGGGCUCUCAGACAUGAUGAUUUUCUGA